AUGACCGCAACAUCUCAGUUGAACAACAACAACGAGACCGCGAACGAAGAGAACAACUCUCGACCGACUCCGGAGCCGGAACUAGAUUUGUUGGACUACAGCGAGGAGAUGACUCGCGAUAUCAAUUCAGUCCCGCCGCUGCAGAACGCAUUCGGAAACUUAGGAUCCAGUCUGCCUCAAAUCAACGAGGACGACAUGAGACCACAGGCGCAAGGAGCUCGGCCUUCGGAGUCAGGAAUCUCACCGGCGUUGAUCAACUCCAGAGCCACUUCCCUAGCCCUAGAGACUAUGUCGAACCGAUCGACUCCAGUACCGCGCCCGGUCGAACGCCAAACUUUCGCGGUCCAUACGAGUACCGCGACAAACCUGACGAUUCAAUCUCCGACCCCUCGUCAGUUCAAUCAGAACCCAAUCCCUACGUUGAGCCCCUCGCCAGCUCCGACAGGUCAGGUCGACAUAAUAGUCGACAACCAGGACCUAGAGGUAUUCAUCAAUUUAUUCAACGACCAAUGGCUGAUGUUCAUCCAAGCGAGGGACAACAACAACGUUCCCUUUAUGCGAGCUGCCCUCACCCAAGCGAUAUCCAGCCAGGAAGUGAUCAGAGAUUUGGCGGGAGGCGAGGAAAUGUUAAGGAUCAGCGAGAAUUGGAUUGCGAGAGAAGAGCUAGCGGACUUGGAGAGAUCCCAGCAAGCGAACCCCACGCCGCCGGUCCAACGCCUAGCUAUAACUCAAAGAGCCCACUCCCACACCAUCAGCCCAUCACCAGCACCCCAGCCGCUCACACGCCAAGCUUCGGAAAUAACCUACCUGGGUUCUGGCCAGCAACAGCUCCAAAAUCAAACUACCUCCCAGAGACCUCCGACUGCGCACAGACAGCAUCAAGAUAUCAGGACGCAAUCGGCGCAAGGCAACCAUUUGCCUCCACCCCCGCCACCGUCUACUCAACCCCCUCGAGCUUCAGAGCACUACAACCAACACCAACAGGUGCAGCAUCAUCCGUACUACCGUCAAGGAACCUUACAACACCAUCAGCAGCCACCCCGUUUCGUCCAGAAUUACGAGGCCCCCCAACAGGGGCAAGCAGCUCAGACUCACGCGCCGCCCCACCAACAGUUCCACCCCCCCCAGCAAAGAAACUGGAGAGGAUACGGGAGGAACUGGAGAGCUCCUCAAGAUCCGACAACGAGGCUGUUGCAAGUUGGAGAGUACCUGAUGAGAGCGAAGGGAGUAGCCACAAGAGUUUUCCGCUUUCGUGGGAGGGGAAGAGGAAGGAAUCAAGUCCAGCGAAGAGACUACCAGCAGGAAGAACAACGCCACUAG